AUGUACAGAAUCGAAAAGUUUGGAUACGAAACCGGAAAGACAUACGACUAUGACUACACAUCAAAGGUAUCAACGACAAUACAAGGGGCUUCCGAAGAUAAAGCGGAAAUUGACAUGGCUGCAAAAGUUCACAUCGAGGUUCAGUCAAAAUGCGAUCUUGUGCUUAAGGUUUCUGAUGUAGUACUUACUGAAUCAGACCCUAAAUCACCAAACACAAGACGCAAUGCUGACGUCACAGGGGAAUUCAAGAAAAGUCUUGAACAGAACCCAUUGAUGUUCUCCUUCCAAGAUGGCCGUGUUGAUGAACUAUGUCCUUCUAACGACGAACAGACAUGGGCUCUUAAUAUCAAACGAGCAAUCAUCUCUGCUUUCCAGAACUCUAUGGAUGAUUUCAGUCAAGAACAGAAAACCAAAGAGAUGGAUGUAACCGGAAGUUGUGAUGUAAAUUACUCUCUGGCUUCCAAUGGAUGGUACACAAUGACAAUCAAGAAGACAAAAGACACAUUAGGAUGUGUAGAUCGUCAUGGUUACAAAACAGCCAUGCAAGGAACACCAUAUAGAGUACCAUCUGAAAUCCAGUCAAUGCCAUUGGUUAAAAGCACUCACGAAUGUCAACAGGGAAUCAGUAAAACUGGUAUCCUUCAGAGCAGCAGUUGUGAGGAACAACAUGUUCUCCGACCAUUCUCCAGAGAAUCCAGUGGAGCUGUUACAGAAACAAAACAGACAUUGAAAUAUAUUACAGAGAGUCAAAGCAGAUCUACAAAAGUGUCUACUGAAAAGAGAACAACACUGGCAUUUGAGCAUGCUUUUGACAACUCCAAUUCUGCAAACGCACAGAAGGAGGUUCUGAACAAACUGACAGAUUUUUGCGAAUUAUCUAAAGAUGCCGUGAAAGUAUCCACAGCCAAACAAUUUACUGAGCUUGUCAGACUUAUGAAAACGUUAGACAGUGAUAGCAUGGAAAGUGUCCACAAGAAAGUACAUUCAGGAAAAGUAUGUCCAAAGAAUACAAAAGUCAGGAAAUUCUUCCUUGACGCCAUUCCAAUGGUUGGAACUAAAGCUUCUUUGAAAAUGAUGACACAUUUGAUUAAUACCGACGAAGUUACCGGAGCUGAAGCUGAUAUGUGGAUGACAAGUCUAUCUUUUAUUCAACAUCCAACAAAAGACAUGCUAUUGGAACUGAAGCCUUUGUUGACUAACACAAAGAACGGACAAGCCAUGCUUGCAGUUUCAUCCCUUGUGUACACCUACUGUAAAACAUCUUCCUGUGCUAACGACAUUGAUAUGGUAAACCUUGUUGCCAGCUUAGAAGACAAGAUAGGUGUUGGAUGCUAUGCAGACAAGAACAAUGUUAACAACAUUAUCCGUGCCUUACGUGCCUUUGGAAAUGCUGGUUUCUCUAGCAGUAUCACAAUGGUAAACAGUUGUUUGACGAGAAAAGAAAACCCGACAGAGGUUCGCCUUGCUGCAGCUCAAGCCUUCCGCCGAAUGGCAUGUGAUGCAAACAGAAACGAGUUGAUGACCAUUUACUUGAAUCGCGAUGAGGAUUCCGAAAUAAGAAUUGCUGCUUACCUAGGACUGAUGACCUGUCCUUCAAAGUCUAUCCUCAACAGAAUCCAGACAACACUGGAAUCAGAAGAAGUAAAUCAAGUUGGCUCCUUCGUCUGGACUCACCUUACAAAUCUAAUGGAAACAUCAAGUCCACUGAAACAAAGCAUAAAAUCAAUUUUAUCUAAUGACAUACUGAAGAAAGAAUUCAACUUAGAAAAAAUGAAGUAUUCCAGAAACUAUGAAGCUUCAUUUUUCCUAGAAAAGAUGAACACAGGUGCAGCAAUUGACAGCAAUCUCAUUUGGUCUUCUAAGUCUUUCCUUCCAAGAUCAGCCAUGACUAACCUCACCGUUGACCUUUUUGGUCACUCUGUCAACCUGCUUGAGUUUGGAGGAAGAGUAGAGGGACUAGAGUAUUUCCUAGAAUCAUACUUUGGACCUGAAGGAUAUUUUGGCAAGUCAAAGGAUGUUGUCAAACAAUCUGUAAAAGGAAUUAGCAACAAAGCAAUGGAUAAACUGAACGAAGAGUUUGGAUCAACAAUGGAAGAGUUCAAAGGAAGCAUGUAUUUGAGAAUAUUUGGCAAUGAAUUACAGUACAUCAACACCGACGAUAUCAAAAGUCUGAUUGAAGGACAAAACUUCAACAUUCUGGAUUUCAUCAUCAAUCUGGCCAAAGAGCAAGACUAUUCUUUCACACAGAGCUUCAUGUUUCUAGAUACCAGUAUCAUAAUUCCAACAAUGUCUGGUUUCCCACUUAACAUCAGUUUAGACGGAAGUGCUACAAUUGACGUUCAAGCUUCCGGUAAAAUGGACCUUAGACAAAUUCAGUCAAAUCCCAUGACAGUUUCCAUCGAUGGAAAAAUUCGACCAAGUGCUGCUUUGGAAGUGACAAGUCUAAUGAGUGUUGAUGCCUUCGUAACUAAAGCUGGAAUGAAAAUGGUAUCUUCAGUGAACUCUGCCUCUGCUGUUGAAGGUCAUCUGGAAAUAAAAGGUGGACAACUCUUUAGUGCAGAAUGGAAGACACCAGAUGCAAAGACAGAAAUAUUUGAAGCAAAAACUUCAUUCUUUACUGUUCAUCGUGAUGAGACCCGUGAACAAAAGAUGGUAACACAAAACAGACAAACAAAGAAACUAUGCACUGGUGAUGACAUUUCACACGUGACUGGACUUGAACUAUGUGGUGAAAUUUCCUACCCUAAUGCUUCUCUAAAGGCUGAUUCUCCAUAUUUCCCCCUAACUGGACCAUUGACAGCUGGUGUUACACUCUACAAGAGAGACAGCCAUACUGGUUACAAAAUGGAGUAUAAAUUUGGAAAGACAAAAUCUUUAGUGAUUGCCAAUGUAGGAUUUAACACACCAGGGUCAAAGGUUGAUAGAGAAAUGAGACUCGGUUUCAAUCUGAAUAUGAAGAAACAUGAUAUUGAAAUGAUGAUGCUGUCACCAUGGAAAAAGGCAACCUUCAAUGGAGCUGUCGAUACCAAACAACGUCAAUUAAAUGGUAAAUUACUUAUUGACCAAUCAGAAUACUCAGUCAAUGCAGCUUUAGCUAGUCAGAAGAAGUCUUCUAAAAUGAUAUAUACACCAUCUGUAGAAAUAGUCAUACCAAAGAAGGAUAACAUUAAACUUGAUGGAACUAUUGAAUAUUUGGCGGGAACAACUUUGGAUUCUGCAUUUACCAUUCGCGGAGUUUCAAAAGAACCAAUCAACAUGAGAUUGAACAUGCUAAACAAGAAGGUUAUAAAAUCAAUCAAGGGCAGUUUUGCAAUGGACAAAAAAGAAGAAUAUAGUUUCGAGACCAGAAUGCAGACACUAGUAACUAAACAAUCUUUGAGAUACAGUCCAUUUAUCUCAGUUAAAACCCCAGCGAAACUGUUGAUGGGUCUUGGCGGUUCAGUGGAAAUGAAAUAUAAAAAAGCUGCAAAGGUUGACCUGACUGUUACCGGAUUAACAAGUUCUCCAAUGAAAUAUUUUGUUCAAGUAAGAGAUACAGGAAACGCAAAGCAAGCCCGUUAUCAGACAAAAAUGAACAUCCAAUCUCCAAUUCUGACUACUAAAGGCAGAUCCAACAUUAUGAUUCGACCUACAUCUGUUAUAACCAGAACCACAUUCGAUUAUAUCAUUCCACGUGUUGCCCGUGAUAAGGUUACCAUGAACAGCAAGAUUGUCAUGAAAUCAACAAAGAAAGCUACAUCAAUCAAAGGAAAUGGUGUUUUGACUUUGAAGAAAAUGUCACAUUUGAACCUUAACCUUGGAAUUAAUUUUUUGACCAACGCUAAACUGACCACUAGCAACUUCAAUGUCCAGUAUGGUGCCAAUAAGAAAGAUAUGAACAAACAGAUUAGCUUUUCAUCAACAGUAAAACACACGUUAGCAUGGCGAGCAAGCGAUGUCAGAGUCAGCGCACAACUGCAGCACCCUGAAUCAGCAACAGACUUGAAGAUAAAGGGAAGUCACAUUCAUACCAAAAAGGCACUGGAUACCAGCAUUUCGGUGUCAGUUGGUAAAAAACACACCUUGAGCACAUCAGUCUUCCUGAAAAAUAAAUCAAAGAAAUUGACAUCUGUUUCUGGUGGAAUUUCCCUUUCAUUGAAUGAGAAAUCCCUUUCCAUAUCAAAUGUCUUCAUCCAACAGAACAACCAAAAAUAUACCAACGACUUCGCUGCCACUAUCGGUAAACAAAGAACAACGAUAAAAUCUGCCAUCAAGAGCAUGUCAAAUAUUGAAUUCGAAAUAUCCAAUGAUGUAACACUUCCAGAAAGAAAACCUUUUACCAUUGCUGGUCAGAUAAACGGGAGCCCUAGGGAUUUCAGAGUAGGAGCACAGAUUGGAAAAUCAUAUGUUUUGGCAUUUACUUCCCAAUACAAACCAAAGACCUUGAUCAAGAUGUCUGGGGAUGUGAAGGUUAACAGCAGACGCGUGACAGCUGAAAUUGAAGCAAUGAACAACAAUCCUCAGUAUACCGGAGCAUUUGAUGUUAAGUGGGAUGCUGAUAAAGAUGAAUCAAAAAGAAUAAAGUUUGUAGGAGAUUUGACAUACAAAAACUCCAUGGAUGUAAACGCUAGACUAGAACAUGUCAACCCAUUCACUAGUGUCUUAUCGAGUUAUAAUCAUAUAGUUGAUAUAAAUACCCAGGGCCAUUUUGAUAUCUUUGUGGGAGGGAAAGAGGAAAUAGCUUUGGAUCUUAAUCUUAAAAACAAAGAUGAAGGAAGAGCUGGAACCCUUAGAAUGCAGACACCGGUCACUGGAUUAGUACAAAUGAAUUAUGAUUUGAUGUCAACUACCAAACAAUAUCAGAACUCAAUGGAUAUCACAUGGCAGAAAUCAAACAAAAUUGGAGUUUUAGUAAAUUUGGACAAACCAUUCAAUGCCAAUAAAUUUCAUGGAAUAGUUACAGUUAAAACACCAUUCAAGGGUUUCCAAAUGUCCUCAGUAGAAGUGGACCAUGAAUACAGCGGAAAGGUAAAAAGUAUGCUGAAAACUGAACUCAACAACGAGAAAGUAAAAGUUGAUAUUAACUACAGUAACGAUGACCAGGAUGUAAACGGUGUAAUUAGUGUCAAAUCGUCAUUAUCCAGUUUGAAAACAGCUUCUGUAAGCUUCCACCAUAAAACAACAGACAACAAAUACCAGAACGCUUUAGCAAUGGAGCACAAUGGCAAAGUAUACCAGUAUGAAGGUCAAAUGAAUCACAGAUUUACAAAAGGAGGACUGAAGAAUAAAGGAAAAAUUGUCUUUAAUCUACCAAACAACAAAUACGAUGCAAAUUGGGAUCACAGCAUUACCAGCAAUGAACUCAUUUCUAAAAUGCAGUCAAAUAUUAAUGGUAAAUCUUAUGAAUUGGACGUAAAUGGAAGACAAGCCAUAACAUUUAGUGAAGGGGGAGUAUCAUUUAACCUGAAGAUUAAAUCUCCACUUAUGGACGAUAUCCUUCUGCGUGUUGACCAUCAACACAGACCAUCAUUGAUAGACAGUUCAGCAACCUUAUCUAUUAAUAGUAACGUUAUGAUGUCUGGUCAUGUAGACUACAAGAGAGAAGCUGGCAAGGUGAUGUCAAAACAGUCUUUCAAAAUGUCUGAUAUCACUUUUGAAACUUCAAUUAUAUCUGAAUAUGCCCGUUUUCCAAUGUCAGGACAAAUUAAUAUGAAGUUGAAUGAUAAUGAAAUCGAUGCAAGUGGAACCUUUGAUCGUCAGCAGAACAGCCAAAACGGUAAACUUAAAUUUAGGUCACCAUUUACCAAACCUAUUGUAUUAAGUAUUGAUCGAGCAAUUGAUGGGGAACAGAUCAUUUCAUCGUCUAUUGAGUAUGGAAAAACUGAAAUUAUGGCCAUGGAAAACAGAUUCAGAUGGGACAACACAAAAAUUGUCAAGAUAUCAGUUGUAACACCAAUAAAGUCAGUCAGGAAAUUUGAAACAUUACUCAAGUUUGAUGGAGGUAUAACUGCUUUCAAAACAGUCGCAAGUUUAGAAAUUGAACCUACUUUUAGACCAAUCCAGAUGACAUCAGAAUGGAACUCUGUCAAUGGGCUCAAUGGAAAAAUUCGUUUGGAAACUCCAUUCCAACAAAUACCAUACAGUCAAAUAAGUUUGGUUUCUAAACCCACUUCUAGAAUGACAUCAUCAGAUCUAGUUAUUGAAUAUCUCCCAAGACGAGAAAUAAUCAUGAAAUCAAGCUACAUGGUGCAGAAAGAUCACGUUGAAGGCAGUUUAGACAUAAAAACUCCCUUCCAUGACAUGCAAACAAUGUCAGCAUCAGUUAAACAUGUAACUCGAAAUAACGCCCUAAAUUCUGAGAUGACCUACACCUGUCCUAAAGGCACAAAAUACUUCGCUGACAUCAACUAUAAAUCUGGUAUCAAGAAAGAGGGGUCAGUCAGUCUGAAAAUGGAUAAGAAAAGAAUAAGCGUUAAUGGUAUGGUCGACAUGACGUCUGGAUACCCAGCUGGUUUCUUGAAGACAUCAACACCCUUUACAAAGGACAUUAUUGUUGAUAUUAAGCAGACGAAUCAAGCUGAAGUAAUUGUGACGUCGGGCUCGCUGAGAUACGAUAACGGAAAAGAAAUAUCAUUGGAAAACCGAUUCCGUUGGAAUGAUGCCUUUGUGUUCACAACAGCUCUUGCUACACCAUACGAAUCCAUGAAAACAAUUAACUCUGUAAUAGAGGCUAAAGGAGACUUACGAUCUUUCUCUCUUUUAAGCAGUAUUGAAGCAGAACCAAUCACAAAGAAGUUCUUAAUAUCCAGUGCCGUAAACACAAAUGGUGGAUUCGAUGGUAACUUCCGCAUUGAAACCCCAUUCGAGGCCAUUCCAUAUAGUCAGAUAACCGUCUCUAGUCAAAGAAGUAGCGGAUCCACAAGAACAGUUGCUAAUAUAGAAUACCUUCCAGCUAAAUAUAUCAGUGUCAAAUCAAGUCACACAAUGGAUUUGGAUAACAUUGAUGCAACUUUUGAAAUUCAGACUCCAUUCGCCAAAUUUCAACAUGCAUCUGCUUCAAUAAAACACACAAAUGACGACAAAGGCAUUUCAUCUUCUGUAGGAAUCGAAUAUCCUAAAGGAAAUAUAUAUUCUAUAGACACUUCCGUUAAAAACGCCGAAAGGAAAGACGCUUCCAUCACCGUCAAAAGUCCAUACAGCAAACCAGUAAGUCUGUCAGUCUAUCAUCAAGGAAAAUAUCCGUCAAUGGAGACACACGGUGAACUACAGUACCAGGGCAACCAGAAACACAUAUUGGACAUAGCAUUUAAUAAUAAAGCUAACUUUAAGUCAUCUGUGUCAUACAAGUGUCCAUCUAUGGACAAAAUAUCUUUGGAGAUAAACCAUAAAGGAAGCAUGAAACAAUUCAAUUCUCUCGUCAAAGCACAAUACAAGAAGGGCGAGCCACAUCAAAUCGAAAUAAUCUUUAAAAAUCUGGCUAAAAUGCAAGGAUCUUUGACAGUCAAAUCAGCGUUCAUGGAUGACUUUAAAGCAUCUUUCCAUCAUACCGGGUCCUUGAGGAAUCUUAAAUCUCAUGUUCAAUAUGCUUACGGUAAAAUGACUCCAGCCUCUGCUGAUGUAGCACUUAUUUCUGGAAAACGUAUCAAGGGAUCCGUGAAAUUGUCUGCACCAAUGUUUGAGGAUAUAACCAUGACUCUUAUUCACAAGGGAAAUCUGAAAAGCUUCAGAAACAAGAUGAACCUAAUCUACAGCAAGAAACAGAAAAUCAGUACCGAUUUUAAUUUCCGUCUGGCUAAAGUAAUGAAAGCUACAUUUAUGUUUGUUUCUCUUUUUAAAGGAUAUAAGAAAGUCAUUGCCAACGUGAAACACGAAGGAACAUGGAAGAGCUUCAAGUGUGAUGCCAAUAUUAAAAAAGGAAAAGACGUUGUUAAAGCCAACAUGAAAACAUCAAUAGGGUCUAAAUUCAAUUGGGAAGCAAGUGUAGAAACUCCAGUUGCCGGUUGGAAGAAAAUGAAUGCUGCUGUAUCGAACGAAGGAUCACUUUCUAAUUUUAAAUGCCAUGCCGAGAUAGGUCGAGGUAAACAAGACAUGGUCGCUGCAGACAUACGAUUUGCAAUUAAUCCAUCCAUUGAUAUUCUGUUGGCUGCACAGACACCUUUUGUUGGCUACAGCAAUGUCAAGGCAUCUUUGUCACAUCAAAAAUCAGACAGCAAGAUAAAAUCUCAUGCUGAAAUAACAUACUUCAAGAAAGAUACAAUAUCUGCAGAUAUCUUGAUAAACAAACCAACAAGAAGUGCUGAUAUUUCCAUAAAGACUCCAUUCAAGAAAUAUGAAAAGAUGGCAGGUUCCUUCUCACACACUGGUUCAUUAUCAGAAUUCAGUACAAAGAUGGAUUUGGCAGCAAACAAAGAUAAGUACUCAGCUCAGAUCAAUUUGAAGACUGUAGGUCAACUGUCAGCAGAGAUGAAAAUAUCAACACCCAUCGUCGGCUAUCAAGAAACCGAUCUUUCCUUUACUCAUAGUGGAAGCUUAAACAAUUUCCGUUCACGAGCAAAUAUUCUUUUUCACAAGAAGAAGAGUGUCGCUGAUGUCUCAUUUAACUCACUCAGUGGUGUAGAAGGACAAUUGACAUUGCAGACACCCUAUACAGAAACUGUAAAAGCUACAAUUAUGCAUAGCAAUGAGGGAAAAAUGAAAUCUUCUUCAAACAUUGCAUAUGGUAAACAGACCAUUUUUGAUUUUGAUGCUUUGUUCAGUCAAAGAGGACAAACAUUUGGAACCGUCUCCAUCAAAGCAUUGAAGGUGCCAAAAAUGGCAGCAACUUUUGAAUACCAGGGAGUUAUAUUCAACAAUAAAGCAACCAUACAGGCAUCACUUGGGAAAGACAAGAUCAUUGUUGAGACACAAAUGGAAAGCAAAUCUGAUGUCUCAGGAAGAAUUUCCAUUUCAACUCCAUUUGAUUCUGCAAAGACGAUGUAUAUGGUAUAUUCUAAAACUGGACCAAUGAAUAAAAUGAACGGCAACAUUGAAGCUGGAAUCAACGAACAGAAGAUUACGACUGACAUAACUAUUUCAUCUGAUGACGUAACAAAGGCAUCUGUCACACUCCGAACACCAUUUUCUGAACUACGAAAUGCUGAUGUAUCCAUUAGAUUUUCUGGCACCGCUAAAAACUUUGAUAGCCACAGCGAAGUGACUGUUAACGAAAAAAUGGCUGAAGCUGAUCUGACAGUCAUUGUGAAUGAUCGUCUUGACAUUAGAGGGUCUAUGAAAACUCCAUUUACUAAAGACUUUGUCAUCCGAAUGAACCAUGAUGGUGCAUUGAACAGUUUCAAAUCUUCUUCUGAUGUAUCAUACGGAUAUGAUAAAAUUAGUGGACAAAUAACAACUGAUUUGACCAAUGGAGUACAAAUUGACAUCACCCUCAAAACUCCAUUUUCAAAUGAUGUGAUCUUUGCUACAUCUUCUAACUACGAUUUCAAAGACUUCCGAUCACUUUCUCAGUUAACAUACAGUGGAGCUAAACAACACGAAUUAGAAGUCACCUUCUCUGCCGUUAAGGAAAGAAAAUCUCUGAAGUCAAAUGCACAAGUUACCUACAAUGGAAAAUCAGUAUCAGGAAAGGUUGACUUUGAAGGUGGAAUGAGAAACUUCAAAUCUGCAGGAGAGGCUAAAUACAAUAACCAGAAAAUAAUGGCAGAAAUCCAAUUCCAGUCACUGAGAAGAAUAAAUGGACAAUUUUCAUUGAAAACACCAUUUUCGUCCGAUUUUCUCCUAUCCUUCAACCAUCAAGGUCAGAUACCAACUGCUUUUACAUCAGCUGCUUCGAUGUCAUACGGAAAGAUAUCCCAUGAUAUUCAGGUAUCAUUUAACCAUGAUGGGUCAUAUAAGAAGUUCUCUACUAAUGGUCAGAUUAGUUUCAAUGGCAAGAGAGUAUCUUCAGACAUUUCCUUUGAUGCUACUAGUGACAUAACAGGAACAGUGACAUUGAAGUCACCCAUGACGGAUGACAUAAUUGUUUCUUUCUCCCAUAAUGGAACACCAUUGACAUUCAGGAGCAUUGCCAAAAUUACUUACAGUGGAUCAAUGAAACACGAUGUUCUCAUAACAUUCAAUCAUGCCGGAUCAAUGAUGAAUUUUAACACUAAAGGCGCUUUAACAUACAAUGGCAAAACCACAUCAGGGGAAAUCGUAUUUGAUGCUAUUAAAGACAUUGAAGGUAAAUUAGAAUUAAAAACUCCUAUUACAGAUGACAUAAUUGUAGCAGUUUCUAACGAAGGAUCCUUAAGGAAUUUCAAAUCUUGUCUCAAAGUCACAUACAAAGGACAGUUACAACAUGAUGCAAGCCUUAAAUUUAACUUCGACGGAUCAAUGAUGCAGUUUGGAACAAAAUCAUCUUUAAUGUAUAACAGCAAAAAAGUAUCCUUCGAUGUUAAGUUUGAUGCUACCAAGGAUAUUGAAGGGAAAAUUACAUUGAAAUCGCCAUUUACCGAGGAUAUGAUUGUGGCCUUCUCACACGAAAAGACGAUGAACAAUUUCAAAACCUGUCUCAAAGUUACUUACAGUGGAGAACUGCAGCAUGAUGCCAGUCUUACCUUUAAUAUGGAUGGAACAUUGGUUAAGUUUACAACUAAAUCAGUUUUUACCUACAACAACAAAAUGGCCUCUACUGCCGUCAGUUUUGAUACAACAAACAUUCUUGAAGGCAGAAUAACAGUCACAACACCAUGGACAAAUGAAAUCAUUGUAGCUUUUUCAAAUGAGGGAUCUAUACAAAAUUUCAAAACCUGUCUUAAAAUUACAUACAGUGGUUCUUUGAAGCACGAUGCCAGUGUUUCAUUCAGUUUGGAUGGAUCAGUCAGAAAGUUCUUUACACUGGCUUCAGUGAAGUACAAUGACAAAAUAGCUUCCGCUGAGGUAACUCUUGAUUCUAGAAAAGACAUUGUUGGAAAGAUCACCUUGAAAACACCAAUGUAUGAUGACGUUAUCAUUGAGAUCGCCCGCAACGGUAACUGGAAAAACUGUUUGUCCUUUGUUCAAAUCACCUACAAUGGCGCUUUGCAACAUAACGCAAGAGUAACCUUCAAGUUGAUCAAGAAACCAACAAGUAUCCAGGCAAAUACUGAGGCUCUCGUCAAUAUGAAGUAA